GCGCCGGAAGUGGUCGUCUUGAGCAGGGGUGGGAGAGAGGCUGGCCAAGCAGUUCAUUCGGCUGUUGCUGGUCGCCUCGGUAAGGCGUACUUUCACUCCUUUCCGAGAGUCUGGCUCAGUUCUCCGCCUCGGCCAGAAUGGACUUCAGGGAAAUUCUCCUGAUAGCUUCCAAAGCACAAGGUGUCAACAACAUACCGAAAAGAUAUAGUUUGGCAGUGGGCCCUCCCAAAAAAGACCCAAAAGUUAAGGGUGUCCAGUCCGCAGCUGUCCAGGCUUUUCUCAGAAGAAAAGAAGAGGAGCUCAGACAAAAAGCGUUAGAAGAGAAAAAGAGAAAAGAAGACCUAGUGAAAAAGCGAAUUGAGCUAAAACAUGACAAGAAAGCAAGAGCUAUGGCCAAAAGGACAAAGGAUAAUUUCCAUGGUUAUAAUGGGAUUCCUGUUGAGGAAAAGUCAAGGAAGAGGCAAGCAGUGGAAAGCCACACCAGCCAGGGAACAGAACAAGAGUAUGAGAUGGAAGAGGAUGAAUACUUAGAAUACAAUCAAGCAGAGUCAGAACAGGACUGUGAGGAAGAGCAAGAGCCUCCCAAAGUUGAAAGCAAACCAAAGGUCCCCCUUAAAAGUGCCCCACCACCCAUGAACUUCACUGAUCUACUCAGGCUGGCUGAGAAAAAGCAGUAUGAACCGGUGGAGAUAAAGGUAGUGAAGAAGACAGAAGAGCGGCCUAUGACUGCAGAAGAACUUAGGGAACGAGAAUUCCUUGAACAGAAGCGUAAGAAGAAGAAAGCUGAGACAGAUGCAAGACAGCCUCCAACCAAAAAAGUACCCUCUCACAAAGAAAGUGUGGGCACAAAACUUAGCAAAGGUUCUGGAGACAAGCUUCCUUCUUCUAAGGGUACUCCCCUUCCUCAUGCUGAGAAGAAAUCCAGACCCAGCACAGCUAAUGAGAAAUACUCAGGCUUAUCUUCAUCUAAAUCCAUGCCAGGAGAGAGGACCAAAGUGGUAUCUGGCAAUUGCUCCCAACCCUUGCUUCGUGAGGGCCGUGACAGACCUGUUUUCAAUGGGGCUGGAAAGCCCCACUCCAGCACCUAUUCACCAAGUGUCCCAAAGACUUCUGCUAAAGAGACUCAGAAAUCUGCUGCUGAGCACAAAGCCAAAAAGUCUCCUCCUCAUCCUAGCCAUUCCAGGCCUGGGCCCAUGGCCACCCCACACAAUAAGGCCAAGAGUCCAGGUGUCCGGCAGCCAGGCAGCAGUUCCAGCUCAGCCCCUGGGCGGCCUAGCACAGGGACCACUCGGCCCACAGUUAAUUCUGGCCCUGUGCCCAGGCGCCAGAAUGGCAGCUCUAGCUCAGGACCUGAGCGAUCAGUCAGUGGGAUCAGGAGGCCAGCCGCUGACUUAAAUCCCCAUGGACGGACAGUCAGUGGUGCAGGUGACCUUGGACGACCUGCAAGUAGCUCAAGUGGGCCUGGGCGACCUGUCAGUGGCUCCAGUGGUUCUGGGAGAUCUGUGGGCAGCUCUGGUGGCCCUGGGCGGCCUGUGAGCAGUCCACAAGACCUUCGACGACCAGUGAGUGGCUCAGGACCCCCAGGGCGGUCAGUUGGUGGCCCUGGGCGAUCAGUAAGUGGCCCAAUUCCAGCUGGACGGACAGUCAGCAGUUCAGGCCCCGGAAGACCAGUGAGCAGCUUGGGACCUGGGCGAACAGUUAGUACCUCAGGUGCCCCUCUGAAGCCCAAAUGCACUGUUGUCUCAGAAACAAUUUCUUCCAAGAAUAUAAUCAGUCGGCCCAGCAAUGGACAGAUGAAUGGAAUGAAGCCUUCCUUAUCUGGCUACAGAUCUGCCCAAGGUCCUCAAAGGCUUCCCUUCCCUAGUGGUUACAAAAGGCAGCGAGAGUAUGAAGAGGAGGAAGAUGAUGAUGAGUAUGACUCUGAAAUGGAAGAUUUUAUCGAAGAUGAAGGAGAACCUCAGGAAGAAAUAUCCAGGCACAUUCGAGAAAUCUUUGGCUAUGACCGAAAAAAAUACAAAGAUGAAAGCGAUUAUGCCUUACGUUACAUGGAGAGUAGUUGGAAAGAGCAGCAGAAGGAAGAAGCAAAGAGUUUAAGACUAGGUAUGCAAGAGGAUUUAGAGGAAAUGAGACGUGAGGAAGAAGAAAUGAGACGUCGAAAGGCCAAGAAGUUGAAGAAGCGUUAGCUGCUGCUUUUAUUUAUUUUUGUGAAAUUCUGAAGAUAUUCUGCUGCAAGGAAGUCCUGCCUUCAGACUGAAGAAGCCCCCUUAUUGUUUUAGAAUUAUACUUGGGUACUCAAAGAGAAGGAAUGCAUACUGUCAUCUGUCUGCAGGCUGUCGUUUGAGCAUAAAGUAUUUUAAAAUACUUUCCAGGGUGGAAUCUAUAAUGCAGUUGAUACAAUGCCCAGUGAGUGCUCUUACGAAACUAACUGUUCACAGGUGCCAGCCUUGGUCCUGAUGAGCUAUGCACUCUGAUGUGGGGCCCCUCACAGGUCAUCCAAUCUUGUAUUGUUUCUUUGCUACUCUAAAAAGGAAAAAAAAAGGAUUGCCUCUUUACUUCCAUAAUUCUGCUGAUGUGUGAGUACAGCACUGCCUGGCUCCCAAUCAAAUUUAUUUUGUCUUUUUGUGAGGAACCUGGCCCUUCCAUGAAUGUUGCCAGCAAAAAGUGACCUGUCAUAAAUGUUUGGUUUGAGAACUUGAAAAUCUAGAGUAGGUGUUACAAUUAUAUGGAUAUCAUCUUUGUGACUUUGAAGUUAAAAAGUAGAAUAAAUUGUAUUGUAUUCUGCAUUAUCCACGGAUUGGAUGCUGAGCAUUCUUAUUCACUAAUUUAGGUGAUUAGGCAAUUAGCAAAAAUUUUUCCAAGUUAAAAUACAAGUUAUGCCAUUUUGUAUAAGGAUAUUCUUUUCCAAGUUUUACUUUCAGGUUUACUGUUAUGUUGGCUUUAGUGUAAAAUAGACAAGGUCACUGUGCUGAUUGAUUUUUAUCUAAAAAAUUCAUUUUUAUAUUGAAGGAAAAAAUUCUUAUUUUGUUCAAACAUUAGAUUUGGAUGAGUAAUAGUUUAAAAAAAUAAGGAAGUGACAUGUGAGGCUCCCUUCCUCCCCAUUUCCCUGCCCCAUUAUAUUUUGGAAUCCAAGGUGCCCCAUACCUUUUGGUGUUAAUGACUGCAUUUUUAUCUAAAAUUCCUUGGUAAUUAAUGGCAAAAACCAAAAACUAAGUUCAUGUAUAUUAAGAUCACCUUCUCUUUUUGCCCAUAUUGCACUUUUAUUUCAAACUAUGCACUGUGAAGAGACUUUUUCCCAGGUAGGAAACGAUGUUCCCUGUUACUGGUGUUUACUAGGCUGUGGAACUUCUUCGUUCUCACCUUUUUUCAAGUCAUAUCUAUAGACUUGUUAUAUCUCUUAAGCCUCAAGUCCAAGCAAUUCCAAUCAAGCUGACCUAAGUUCUGGAUAGAGAGAAGCCAAAUCUCAAGGAGAGUCAGCAACAGAAAAUGAGAUAACGGUGAUGCUAGAGAGCCUUUGUCCUUGACCCAUAAGUGGAGGGUAGGGUACUGUGGGACAUAAGCUUAUAGAACAGUUCUACAAUAAACAUUGUGGCUAUCUUAAGCCAUUGGUCAGUGGGGAUUAGGAAGUAGGAGAGGCUGUCCUACAAGAAUCCUUACUCUUCAACAGGUCUGAAAGUUGUUUUUGUGUAUUCCUUUUUAUCCAUAAAGCUUUCUGUAUUCUCAAGUUUGGGUGUUAAGAUUACCACUGUUAGCCUCCCUUAAUGGGAUGACCAGGUGACUCAGUCCUUUUAAGACUGACUCAUUUUGAACUGAGUUUCAGACUUUAAAAAUGCAAGGAUUUAAUUUUGAAGUUGAAUCCUAUGAAAGGUGUCUUCAUCACUAGGAAUAACACCCUUCUAAUGAUCACAUAGAACUGUUAAACACUGACGGCAGAAAAUCCUCUUGACUGCCUUUCACCUAUCUCAGAUACCUUCAGUGAAAUUGGCUCAAGGGUAGUGUGAUAUUCCAUGUAAUAAAACAGGUGUGGAACAUUACUUCCUUUACUGUCACUUAUGUGCUUUUUUCCCCUUUCAGAAGUUUGCUUGAAUAUUUUUUUCAAUAUUCAACACUCUUUGAAAUCUGUAAUUACAAUCAAGUGCUUGUCAUAGCUGAAAGAUUUCUGGUGGUUUAAAGCUUACUAGCACUUUACUCAAUGAUAUUGUGCAGUUAUUUGUACAGAAAGGCACCAUUGUGCUAGUUAAAAGUUCCAGAACUUGGUAGAGUCGGGUUGUGUCCUUAGGAGUCAUCACUUCUGGGUGCAUUUCUUCUAUAAUAUAGAUGUUGAUUUCAGUUUUCUUCAGCAUCAGCAUUAUAAAAGGGCACAUCUGUAGCUCAUUUAAAAAAAAAAAGUUCUGAUCUUUAAUCAUGGCCUUGUUUCUAAAUCCUGUCUUCCAUUUUGUUCUGCAAUUCUUGACCACUUACAAAAAGCUCAUAAACCUUUGAAAAAAACUGGAAUAGGCUGUUAUAUUAUCAAGGUUUACACAUUAAGUGCUUGAUUUUUAAUGUAUCCUCUACUGUUUUGAUUUUCAGAUUUUAUUAAUAUUUGAAGAUGUGCCUUUUAUUGGGUAAUGUUAAGUCAUGAAUGUAGUAAUGUUAUUUCAUUAUUGUAAUAAUGUUACAUGGUCAUGGAUGCGGCAUUCUCUAACAUGAUGUGAAGGGAAAGCAGUUUUCAUAAAACUCAUGGCUCUGAUUGCACAGUCCCACUUGCUUUAGAUAUUGCUAUGUCAAAGCAGGGGCACUUUCUUUAAAAGCUACUUUCAGAACUUGUCUUUGUAUUUUCUCUAUACAAACUAUAAUGCAAUUAUGUCCACUUUGGAGGCCAGGGUACCACAUGUCACAGGCAGCCUUACAUGUGUGCCGCAAGCAGGUUGAAAGACUGUUAAUGAGAAAGUCUGUGGGAACUCGAAAUUUCAUUUUUUAAAUGUAAUCCCCAAGAUCUUCUCCAAGAAAUAAAUUACUGUUUUGUAUUUUGUAACUUAAAAGCAGCUAUUAGUACAUUUCUGAGAUACAGCAGGAGACCAAAAUAUGUUUGGAAAGAGAAUAAAUAUAUGAAGAAAGACUGGUGGUUUUAUUUUCAAUGUGUUGAAUAUAUUAGACUACUAUUUAUUUUGUGAGUGGAUGUGAUGAAAUAAAUAUUCAGGUGUUUAGUGUAUGAUUAAGAAUGGGAUAUAGACUUCUUUGGAGUUACUAAAUCCAUCAUGUCUUUUACAUAAUGGACAAAUCAAGUUUAAAGAAACAUUUACAUAGCAUAGCUUGUUUUCUGGUGCUGUUGACCUGCAAGAGAAUCUACUUUUGCAUAUACAGAUAAAAAGUUUUGCAAUUUAUGUAUAAAUGAAAUUGUAGGCAUUAAAAUAUUUUAUUGAUAUUUUCA